AUGGCGGAGGGGUCGUUCUCCCCCUCGUCUCCGGCCACAGCCGCCGGCCACGGCGGGGCCGCCACCACGGGCCCCGCCGCCGCACCAAACCUGCCGCCGCCGCCGAAGUUGAAGUUGAAGAGGACCUUGACCUUGUCGACGAUAUCGAUGUUCUGGUAGAUCAGAUCGGUGGAGCCGAACUCGACAACGCCGCCGCCGACGGGGACGCAGACCAUCGUCUGGAUGCCGAAGGUCUGGGCCUGCCGGACGCGCUCGCAGCCCGCCGCCGCCAGCCGCUCGGUGCCGGCGACCCACGCCGGCGCUGCCGUGA